AAAGACGGCUGCAGGCUCAGCCCAGGAAAUGGAGUUCUUUUGGACACUUGGCUCCCUGGCUCUGAUUCUGGCCCUGGUCGAGGCGCGCGGUCAGGCUUCUGAAUAUGAGAACCCGGGCUGGAAAGUGGACGGGUACAACAGCGGGCGUGGCAGCGGCAGGUCCGCGGAGUGCGUGGACAUCCCCGAGGACCUGAGGCUGUGCCACAACGUGGGCUACAGCCAGAUGCUGCUGCCCAACCUGCUGGACCACGACAGCAUGGCGGAGGUGCGGCUGCAGGCCAGCGGCUGGGUGCCCCUGGUGCUCAACAACUGCCACCCGGGCACUCAGGCGCUGCUGUGCUCGCUCUUCGCGCCCGUGUGCCUGGAGCGCGCCAUGCCGCCCUGCCGCUGGCUGUGCGAGGCCGUGCGCGCCGGCUGCUCGCCCGUCUUGGAGAACUUCGGCAUCGCCUGGCCCGACAUGCUCAACUGCGAUGCCUUCCCCCAGGAUGACCUCUGCAUCGUCAACACCACCCAAACCGCCUUCUCAGGUCCCUCCCCUGUCUGUCCCUCGUGUGACACUGAUCCCAAAAUGGAGGUGAUUCUGGAGCACAUGUGUGCCAGCGAUUUUGCCAUCAAAGCUGAGAUCAGGGAGGUGAGGGGCGAGCCGUCGGACCGGCGGGUGAUCCUGGAGAAGAGGCGGAGGCUGCUGAAGGGCAGCCUGAGGAAGAGGGAGGUGAGGAAGCUGAUCCCGCUCCUGCGGGGCGGAGCCGACUGCCCCUGCCCCGUGCUGGAGCGCCCGGGGGGCGGGGCCACCGCCUACCUGCUCACGGGCCGCACGGCAGACGGGCGCCACCUGCUCACGGGCAUCCACCGGUGGGACCGGGCCAGCCCCGCGUUCCGGAGGGCCAUGCGGGCGUACCGGGCCAACAGGUGCCCCGUUCUGCACACGGUCUCCAAAUGAACGUCGGCCCCGCGCCGCCACCACCGCCGCCGCCGUCUCGAGAACUCGCACGAAAUCGUCUCUCUUCGUACGCUCAUUAAGAGAAAAUAAAUACAGAAAAAACAAGGUAGGUGAAGGUAUAAACAAGCACGUUACACGGUGGCAGUGAAUUUUUUGUCGUCUUCUUUUCGCCCCUCUUUGUUUGACGGACCGUUCCGUGUCCGUUCUCAGUCGCGCAUUUUUUUGAUGGUUUCUGUAGCGAGGUGUUUUUGCUCGCUGGACUGGUCCCACCGAAACAGUCACUGGACAGACCUGCGAUCAAUGGAAAUGUGCCUCUCCGGGCCUAACUGCACAAAAGGACGCCCAAAUGUCUCUUAACAGCACUUCAGCUUGUUAGCAUGUUCCAAACCCAUACCAAAAAUAAAAUAUAAAAAAUGUUUUUUUAAACUAUUUCUCAUA